AUGCCAGGACGUGUGCUAGAAGAAUCUAAGAAGAGAGUGCUCAUAGACACUACAAACACGCAUAAUGCUCUCAAGUCCCCGCCAUCCGCGAAAAAGCGCAAGCUUAACGGAAAUGGUCCCAAUGUCGCCUUCCCUUCCUCUCAGACUGGGCCAAAUGGCUUCCGGUCGAAACUGGGCUCGAGCCAGGCCAAGAGCCAGUUUGAGACUGAGGUCUUGGAGAAGAUGACCCAGGAUAUUUCUGGGUUGAAAGAGAGUAAUUCGGAGAAGGAUCAACAAUGGGAUAGACCAAGCCUGGACGAUUUCGACCCCAAACGAGACGCUCUAUGCUUUCAGCAGAUUGAGAUUGAAGAAGGCUCUCUACAUGGAGGGAGCACGGCGCUCAAACUGUUUGGCGUCUCAGAGACCGGACAUUCCAUACUCCUUCACGUUACUGAUUUCCUACAUUAUCUCUAUGUUGCAGCACCUGUGAAUUUCCAACGACAUGAUAUCGAAGGCUAUAAGGCGUACCUCGAAUCCCAGCUAGCCCAGCAUCAGCCCGCCAUUCAUUCGGUGCAGAUGGUCCUACGGGAAAACUUGUAUGGCUUCCAAGGGAACCAGAAGAGUCCAUACCUCAAGAUCACUGUCAACGACCCAAAAUUCAUUGGCAGGCUCCGUUCAGCGAUUGAGGAAGGCAAUGCAAACUACAAAGGGAUGUGGAACGUUGAGAAAAACAAGAUCAAAACCUAUGAUAACAUCCAAUACGUCUUGCGGUUCAUGAUCGACACUGGAAUCACCGGAAUGUCCUGGGUUGAAGUUCCGCCACAGAAGUACCAUGUCUUGCCUUCAUAUGAUCGCCAAUCAAACUGCCAAAUCGAGGCCUCCUGCCAUUACCGCGACCUGAUCGCACAUGGCCACGAUGGUGAAUGGGCAAAAAUGGCCCCGUUGCGGAUUCUGUCUUUUGACAUCGAAUGUGCAGGGCGUAAAGGGAUUUUCCCAGAGGCCAACCAAGAUCCUGUCAUACAAAUUGCGAAUGUUGUAACCAAAUACGGUGACUCGAAACCAUUUAUUCGAAACGUCUUUGUUUUGGACACUUGCAGCUUGAUUGUCAACACACAAAUCUAUGAGCACGACUCGGAGUCGAAAAUGCUCAUGGCAUGGAGAGAUUUCCUUGAGAAAGUCGACCCGGACGUGAUCAUCGGCUACAACAUUGCCAACUUCGAUUUCCCCUAUCUUCUCGAUAGAGCCAAGCAUCUGAAGUUGCAAAAGUUCCCUUACUGGUCGCGUCUAAAGAGCGUUGUUUCCCAGGCAAAAGACACCAACUUUUCCAGCAAGCAGAUGGGUAACCGUGAUACCAAAGCCACCAACACCAAUGGACGUAUCCAACUUGAUCUGCUACAGCUCGUUCAGAGGGACCAUCAGUUGCGCAGCUAUACGCUAAACUCGGUUUGUGCUCAUUUUCUGGGAGAGCAAAAGGAGGACGUCCAUCACACCAUGAUUACUGAGCUGUUCAAUGGUACGCCGGAUUCCAGACGUCGGUUAGCCGUGUACUGUCUCAAAGAUGCGUAUCUACCGCAACGACUCAUGGACAAGUUGAUGUGUCUGGUCAACUACACCGAAAUGGCCAGAGUGACAGGAGUGCCGUUCAACUAUCUUCUGUCUCGUGGCCAGCAAGUCAAAUUCAUCAGCCAGCUCUUCCGGAAAGCCUUGGAACAACAGCUGGUGAUUCCGAACGAGCGAUCAGAGAAGUCAGACGAACAGUACGAAGGUGCUACCGUGAUUGAACCUAUUCGAGGCUACUAUGAUGUGCCCAUCGCGACUCUGGAUUUUGCCUCUUUGUAUCCUUCAAUCAUUCAAGCGCACAACCUGUGCUACACCACUCUUCUGACCAAACAGAUCAUUGAAAAACACAACAUGAAGAAAGAUGAGGAUUACAUUCUGACACCCAACGGCGACUUGUUCGCAACGGCAAAGGUGCGAAAAGGGUUGCUCACUCAGAUCUUGGAAGAACUGCUGGGCGCACGUAAGCGGGCCAAACGAGAGCUUGCGGUCGAAAAAGAUCCUUUCAAGAAGGCAGUCCUCAACGGUCGACAGCUUGCCCUGAAGAUUUCGGCAAACUCCGUUUAUGGGCUUACGGGCGCGACUGUGGGAAAGCUACCGUGUCUGCCAAUUGCGUCAAGUACGACUGCGUACGGGCGGCAAAUGAUUGAAAAGACCAAGCACGAGGUGGAACAAAAGUACACGAUUGCGAACGGCUACUCACAUGACGCGCAGGUCAUCUACGGAGACACGGAUUCCGUGAUGGUCAAGUUCGGAGAGAAGGAUCUGAGAAAAGUCAUGGAACUAGGACAAGAAGCGGCCGAUUUCGUCUCGUCCAAAUUCAUCAAGCCGAUCAAACUGGAGUUUGAAAAAGUAUACUUCCCCUACCUGCUGAUCAACAAGAAGAGAUAUGCGGGUCUGUACUGGACCAAUCCGGACAAAUACGACAAGAUGGACACCAAGGGUAUCGAGACAGUCCGCCGCGACAACUGCCGACUAGUGCAAGUGGUGAUUGAAACGGUGUUGCGCAAGAUCUUGAUCGACCGCGACCUCGACGGCGCGCAGGACUAUGUCAAAGAAACGAUCGCCAACCUGCUACAGAACAAAGUCGAUCUAAGCAUGCUGGUCAUCACCAAAGCACUAAGCAAAAGCGACUACACGGCCAAGCAGGCGCACGUAGAACUCGCCGAGCGCAUGAAGAAGCGAGACGCCGGCUCCGCCCCUGCGCUCGGUGAUCGCGUCGCCUAUGUCAUCGUCAAGGGCGCCGGCGGCAGCAAAAACUACGAGAAAUCCGAAGACCCCAUUUACGUGCUUGAGAACAACGUCCCCAUCGACACGAAAUACUAUCUCGACAACCAGCUCGCCAACCCGCUCGGCCGUAUCUUCGAACCUAUCCUCGGCGAACGCCGUGCCAACUCUUUAUUGGCUGGCGACCAUACCCGUUCUAUUUCCGUGGCCGCCCCGACCCUAGGUGGGCUGAUGAAAUUCGCCAAAAAGACAAUGACUUGCAUGGGCUGCAAGAAGCCUCUUGUCCGUCCGGACGAGAAAGACGGCGCCGUCUGCGAGAAUUGUCGGCCUCGUAUUGGAGAGCUGUAUACGAAACAGAUUAAGAAAGUGGGUGAACUUGAGGUCCGCUUCAACAGGCUCUGGACGCAGUGUCAGCGGUGUCAGGGCAGUAUGCAUUCUGAGGUCUUGUGUAGUUCGAGGGAUUGUCCUAUCUUUUACAUGCGCAUGAAGGCCCGGAAGGAGGUCGAGGAGGGUGGUCGCGAACUCGCUAGGUUUGAUCAUGAUGUCGGUGCGCUCUGGUAG